UAACUUCAUAAGUCGCGAAACACCUGAUCAUCUCCUCUCUCAUAUAUACGAGAUCCUCAAACCCUAGACCUCGCCACGCUCUCUCGCAAAGCACCCAUUCUCUCUCUCUCCCUCUCUCCCUCCCCGAAUCAUACCACAUACUUUCUAGCAAUGGCAGUUGCAUUCUAUGAUGUCACCUCAGAUGCAGGGUUGAAGAAACUUGACGAUUACCUUCUUACUCGCAGUUACAUCACCGGAUACCAAGCUUCAAAGGAUGAUGUUACUGUUUAUGCAGCUCUCUCAAAAGCUCCAUCAUCUAAAUAUGUUAAUGCAUCUCGGUGGUUCAACCAUAUUGAUGCACUUCUGAGGAUUUCUGGUGUUUCUGCUGAAGGGUCUGGUGUCACUGUGGAGGGAUGUGCUCCAAUCCCAGAGGGGGCGAUUGCAACUCCUCCAACUGCUGACUCAAAGGCUGCAGCUGCAGAUGAUGAUGAUGAUGUGGAUCUGUUUGGUGAGGAGACAGAAGAGGAAAAGAAAGCUGCCGAAGAGCGUGCAGCUGCUGUUAAGGCGUCUGCAAAAAAGAAAGAAUCUGGCAAGUCCUCAGUUCUUCUCGAUGUGAAGCCAUGGGAUGAUGAGACUGAUAUGAAAAAGCUUGAGGAAGCAGUUAGAGGUGUUCAGAUGGAAGGUUUGCUCUGGGGAGCAUCCAAACUUGUACCUGUUGGAUAUGGUAUAAAGAAAAUGCAGAUAAUGCUCACAAUUGUGGAUGAUUUGGUGUCUGUUGACACUCUGAUUGAGGAAUGUCUGACAGUUGAGCCAAUUAAUGAGUAUGUCCAGAGCUGCGAUAUUGUAGCUUUCAACAAGAUAUAAAUUUGGGAUCCCUGGCGAUGGGUGCUGGUUAGGUUUCCAGGAGUGGUCUAUUGGUGAAUGGCCAUUGCUGAGAGAAGAGUUAUGUUUAUAUUUCUGUUUUUGUUUUAAGAGUAUCGUUUUUGGCAUUUAGUUGGUCUCUUUUUGGUGGUGUUUGUCAUGACUAAAUUUGAUUUACAAUAUUUUUAAUGAAGAGAUAUUUGGAGCAUUUUA